AUGUCCGUUAAAGUUGCUAUAUUCCUAACCCUCGUUUUCUCAGUCUUUUCUAUCGAAACCAAGACUCAAGGUGUAAUGGGCACCCAUUUCUUACAAGCAAUCAAAUACGAUCCUGACGUCGAAAUCGCAAAAUUCGUUAAUGGUCAGGAAAGCUUUAAUGGAGUCAAUUCAAGAUUCUAUUAUUGGAAGAACACUGGUUCCAUAUCUGCUGAAGAAUAUGAUCAAGCAAUCGCUAAGAUUGAUGCUGCUUAUAUAGAAAAGUAUGGACAAGCUCCACCUACUGACUUACCAGAAACCUAUGUUUAGGCUAAUUUCAUUAGAAAAUCUAAUAGAUUUUUAUGUGCUUUACAUAGUUAAAAAGGGUAUGUAAAAUCAAAAAGCAACCUCAACGGCCUUCCUCCAAAACCUAGGUGACGACAUCAUUGACGAAAUGUACACAGAUGUCCAAAACGGUGAAGCUACCUUAGCCCAAGCAGAAGCUCAGCUUCCAUUUUUGCGUGAUAAAGGCUACAUUUCUCGAGAGCAGUAUGAUCAAGCCAUUAUCGAUUUCAAGAAUCUUGGAGAUGAACUCGCCAAAGAUGCCACCUUAUUCCUUGAAUCCAAAGAACUUACCCCAAGUGAUAACUUUCAAGGCAUGGAAAUGAUAGAAAUGAGUGACUACCGAAUUCGUUUAAUCUGCAUCCCUAUUUAGGUAUUCCUGGAAAUAUGCUCAGCUAUUCCGCAAUCGGAGCAGAUCACAUAGCAGCUUAAGCAGGUAAGCCACCCAAUUCCAUUUGGACUGCCACUGGCCUUUCGCUAAUGGUAAAAUAAGCCACAAACAGUUGCCCAUUGGAUUAGGCUACAAAAGAGCGGAUUUGUGCUUAUACCCUCGCUUCGGUCCUAAAAUUGCUAGGCCAACUAAUGGCUCCAAAACCCAAGCCUUGAUAUACACGGGUAACCAUCACUAGAGAUCAAAUCAGACGUCAAACGCCAUUUUAUAUAUAUGAAAUGAUAGAAAUGAGUGACUAACUCCUCCAUUUAUUAGCUGGCCAUAAUUUAUAAAUCUUUUAAAUGAGCCUUAUUUUAUAAAAAAGUUUUUAUUUUAUGAAAUAUUGAGAUUUAUAAUAGCAUUAAAUUAAUAGAAUAAAUAAAAAAUUGCUUUAUACUCAAUGCUUAAUUUAUAAAUUUUUAAAUAAAGAUUAUGUUUAAAAUCAAUUUGUUUAAUUUUAAAAUACCUGAAUUCUUUAUAUCAAAUAGAGAGUAA